UCGCAAAAGAUUAGCUGCCCCGUCACCUCGCGUCGGCUUCUACCCUGAUCUCGCUUUCGCUCGCUCUGUCGUCGUCAUCACCGCAGCAGCAGCAGCAGCUCCAGCCAACUCCAAAAACGUCAUCCCUCGCCGCAAAACUACCACAACAACCGCACCGCAACAGCUUUCCGCGCUCCGCGUCCCAGACUCUCGCAAUGGCCGACCAUGGCGCGACUGCCAACGGCAAUACCAAUGUCGAUGCCCUCAAGACAAGCCCCGUAGCUCAGAACGUCAAGGACCAGACUGCAAAGACCACGACCGAGCUUUCCAACCUGGCCUCUGCCCGACAGACUCCUCCCUACCCGGCAGCCACCGGCCAGCCCCUGACACACUAUCACUCUUUCUUCUCGGAGCUGCUGUCGUGGAACAACCCCCGGGCCUCUGCCAUUGCCUACGCCUCCAUCAUCUCUCUUAUCUUCUUGGUUAGGUACCUAGAUAUUUUCCGAUGGGGUUUCAAGCUCACGUGGAUGGUCCUUGCCAUCACUAUCGCCGCCGAGGUUUCCGGCAAGACGCUCCUCAACAGUGGCUUCGCGACCCAGCUUCGGCCCCGCAAGUACUACACCGUCCCUCGGGAGACGCUGGAUGCCAUGAUCGGUGACGUCCAUGAACUGGUCAACUUUUUCGUUAUCGAGUCGCAGCGGAUCUUGUUCGCCGAGAACAUCUACGCGUCUGCUGCUGCGGCCCUUGGUGCUUUCCUCUCCUACUACCUGGUCAAGAUCGUUCCUUACUGGGGCCUUGCCUUGAUCUCCACCACGGUCCUCUUCUUCGCCCCGCUCAUCUACAAGUCCAACCAGGAGCUCAUCGACAGCCAGAUCAAGCAUGCCAACGAGAUUGUUGAGGCCCAGACUUCCCAGCUCCGCACCGUUGCCCAGAAGCACACGGAGCAGGCCACACAGUUGACCAAGCAGUACAUGGGUGAUUAUACUGCCAAGGCCCAGGCACUGAUCAAGGGUGCCCGCGGCUCCGAGCCCACCCCCGUCAAGUCGGAGCUCUCCGAGGCCGACUUCCCCGCCGCACCUAAGGCGAAGCUGCCCCAGGAUCCUGCCAUCUUCUCGACUCCGGAGCCCGUUCUCAAGGCUAAGGCUGAGCAGGAGCCUCUGAUUGCUGCUUAAACGGAGCCUUUGCAUUAGAAAUGGCCUAUACCUCUAACACCUAUCCCCCCUCCCGAUUAUACCUUAUGGCUGGCCCUCCUUCCUGGACGACUUAUGGCAUAGACACGAUCAAUGAUUCCUGAAUAUCACCCCUAGAUUGAGGACCCGCCGACUACGAAUGGGAACACGAGAAUAGUUACGGAUUGGGCGGCGAUGGAACGAGGACGAGAUUGGCAAUGAAUGGAUUACGGUUUUCUUGAUAAAUUCUUCCUGGUGAGGGCGGAACGUGUGUGUAGAUCGGUGGUGAGGACUGUGAUGACGGUAGGCCAAGACGUUGCUG